AUGAAUUGGUUCGCCCCCCCUCCCGUGCUAGAGCCAAAGCUCCUGACCACGCUUCCAUUCAAAUUUCGCACUGUUGGCGUAUCAGAGCACUCGACGAACCAGAAACGUGGACGACCACUCGACAGCUUCCUUGAAGGUCCAGUCGUCAUAGACGAUACGCUGUAUCUUGCCGACAUCCCUUACGGCCGGAUCUUUGCCGUCAAUCUAGAUACAAAUGAAUGGGACCUUGUGAUACAAUACGACGGUGAGCCCAAUGGCCUAGCAUGGCAUAAACAACGACGCCAACUCCUCAUCGCCGACUUCAAACAUGGCAUCCUUGCUCUCGACCUCGAAACCAAGAUUAUGACCACUGUGAUGGAUCGCUUCAACGGCGAGCGGCUCAAGGGACCUAACGACCUGAUCGUCACCUGCGACGGCAGCAUAAUCUUCACAGAUCAGGGCAUGAGCGGGCUUCAAGACCCAACGGGGCGCGUAUACCGCAUUAGCUCAGGCUUCAACACAGGAAGUGGCCCUAAUCGCGUCGAGGUGCUGCUUCGCAACUGUCCGUCGCCCAAUGGCCUAGUUCUCGACAAAGAUGAAAAGAACCUCUUCGUCGCCAUGACAAGGGACAAUAGUGUUUGGCUUGCGCCCUUGUACCCAGACGGCAGUGUGCAGCGAACAGGGCGAUUUUCGAGUUACUUUGGUGUUGGGGGACCUGAUGGCCUGUUGACGAAUCGAGAGGGUGAUCUCUUUGUUGCUCAUUCUACACUGGGCAUGGUUUUCGUGCACCACAAGGACGGCACACCUCUUGCAGCCGUCACGACAAAGGGUUUUGGUUCCGGCACGACUAAUUUAACUUGGGGAGAGGGGGCUGAGAAGACUCUUUACAUCGUUGAAAGUGAGUCUGGUACAAUUCUGACACUGGAUUGGUGUAAUGUAGCGACUGUGCAGUAG